AGUCGCCGGUUGCUCCGCUAGGCUCCUCUCUGCUCGGUUCGGCUCGCCCUGCUCAGCUCUGCUCAGUUCUGCUAAGCUCCGCUCAGUUCAGCAUGCUGCGCGCCGCACUCAGCACCGCCCGCCGUGGGCCACGCCUGAGCCGCCUGCUGUCCGCCGCCGCCACCAGCGCGGUGCCAGCCCCCAACCAGCAGCCCGAGGUCUUCUGCAACCAGAUCUUCAUUAACAAUGAGUGGCAUGAUGCUGUCAGCAAGAAAACAUUCCCCACCGUCAACCCUUCCACGGGGGAGGUCAUCUGCCAGGUAGCCGAAGGGAACAAGGAGGACGUAGACAAGGCAGUGAAGGCCGCUCGGGCAGCCUUCCAGCUGGGCUCGCCCUGGCGCCGCAUGGAUGCAUCUGACAGGGGCCGGCUGUUGUACCGAUUGGCUGAUCUCAUCGAACGGGACCGGACCUACCUGGCGGCCUUGGAGACCCUGGACAACGGCAAGCCUUAUGUCAUCUCCUACCUGGUGGAUUUGGACAUGGUUCUGAAAUGUCUCCGCUAUUAUGCUGGCUGGGCUGACAAGUACCACGGGAAAACCAUUCCCAUCGAUGGCGACUUCUUCAGCUACACCCGCCACGAGCCUGUGGGCGUGUGUGGACAGAUCAUUCCGUGGAACUUCCCGCUCCUGAUGCAAGCCUGGAAGCUGGGCCCUGCCUUGGCAACUGGAAACGUGGUGGUGAUGAAAGUGGCCGAGCAGACACCGCUCACUGCACUCUACGUGGCCAACUUGAUCAAGGAGGCAGGCUUCCCCCCUGGUGUGGUCAAUAUUGUUCCUGGAUUCGGCCCUACCGCCGGGGCUGCCAUCGCGUCCCACGAGGAUGUGGACAAAGUGGCCUUCACAGGUUCCACUGAGGUUGGUCACCUAAUCCAGGUUGCCGCCGGGAGCAGCAAUCUCAAGAGAGUAACCCUGGAACUGGGGGGAAAGAGCCCCAAUAUCAUCAUGUCAGACGCUGACAUGGACUGGGCUGUGGAACAGGCCCACUUUGCCCUGUUCUUCAACCAGGGCCAGUGCUGUUGUGCGGGCUCCCGGACCUUCGUGCAGGAGGAUGUGUAUGAUGAAUUCGUGGAACGCAGUGUGGCCCGGGCCAAGUCUCGGGUGGUCGGGAACCCUUUCGACAGCCGGACGGAGCAGGGGCCGCAGGUGGAUGAGACUCAGUUUAAGAAGAUCCUGGGCUAUAUCAAGUCAGGACAACAAGAAGGGGCGAAGCUGCUGUGCGGUGGGGGCGCCGCCGCAGACCGUGGUUACUUCAUCCAGCCCACCGUGUUCGGAGACGUCAAAGAUGGCAUGACCAUCGCCAAGGAGGAGAUCUUCGGACCAGUGAUGCAGAUCCUCAAAUUCAAGACCAUUGAGGAGGUUGUGGGGCGAGCCAAUAAUUCCAAGUACGGGCUGGCUGCCGCUGUCUUCACAAAGGACCUGGACAAGGCCAAUUACCUGUCCCAAGCUCUGCAGGCUGGGACUGUGUGGAUCAACUGCUACGAUGUGUUUGGGGCCCAGUCCCCAUUUGGUGGCUAUAAGAUGUCGGGGAGUGGCAGGGAGCUGGGCGAGUAUGGCCUGCAGGCCUACACGGAAGUGAAGACGGUCACCGUCAAAGUGCCACAGAAGAACUCGUAAAGUGGUGUGCAGGCUUCUUCAGCCAGCGCCCGAAAACCCAACAAGAUCCUGAGAAAAGCCACCACCAAGCACACUGCGCCUGCCAAGAGAAAACCCCUUCACCAAAGCCUGCCAAGAGAAAACCCCUUCACCAAAGCGUCUUGGGCCAAGAAAGUCAGGAUUUGAUAAACAGGGCAGGGUUGGUGGGCGGUGUUUGGGGAGCGUCCCCAGUAAACUGGGGAAGGGAGGAGCUCUGUGCAGACCACCCACACGCACGCACACGCUCACGGGUCCUUCUGUGCUGGAUGCUGGGUUCCACCCUCAGUGCUUAAACAAAUGAGCAAUAAAAAUCAGCAGAUAAAGCCUCAGGGUCAGUUCUCUGAGCCCUAAGUUCUGAGUCUUA